AUCACUAACGAUCAAUAGCAAAGACUUGAAGACAGCGAGGCUGUAUGGAGUUCCCCUGUGGUCUACAGCAAAACCUUGGACGAAAGAUGGACGGCAAACCCUCUUGCUGCUGCUCGAACAUGGCGCCGGGGUUACCCGCAACUCUCGCCAUGCGAGCAAGGAACAAACGCACGAGGCCGAAAACAGCGAGAAACCCCCCGUCGUGCUUUCUUCGUCACUCGAGGGGGCCUGGGACAUGCUCUGGGCCGGGCGCGGCUCACGAGCCGUUCGCGCCGCCCGAGCGACGCGCCAGCGCAGCCUCGACGAGCUGGCCACUCCGGCGCCAGAGCGCCGCCUCGAGGCGGGCCCCCGCCACGGGCUCCCGCAAGGCCUGGCAGCUGCAGUCGGCGUAGUCCGCCACCGACAGAGGAAUAAUGAUGGGGAGGAGGGGGAGGGGGAGGUGGAGGAGGAGGAGGAGGAGGAGGAGGGUACCCCCCCAGCGCUGGUCCCCCCAACAUCUGGGGGGGGCACACGCAGUCCACUUUUGCGUGGCCGCACUUCCGCUCGGCAGUUCCGACGUCGUCGCUUCCAAAAAGGCAGGGGGCGGCGGUGACUCGCCGUGGGCUCCUGCGAUAUUCUCCAGGCGCAACGUCCGCUGCAGCACAGAAGGCGACGGUCGACGCACCCUCGGCCGGAGACUUCGAGAAGAGCCCAGGGCCGAGGUAGCGGAAGCAGAAGCGCAGCGGCGCGGACAGGUAGCGGUCGAUUCCUGUGGCGGUCGGCCCUGGACUGGCACUGACGGCCGACACGCCCCGUGCCGCGAGCCCACGGGCGAAAAGAACGUUGCAAUACUUCGAAGCCAGAUACGCUCCAAACCAAGAGUAACUCUGUUCACUUAUCAGGUUGUCCAUGUCCAAAGACAGGUAUUUGGGUCCAAGUUUAUGUAGGUCACUGGACACGACUACAACCCGGGCAUCUUUUGAUAAUCGAGGUAAUAUGCGCGACACGAGAUGAAAAUGUGACAGAUGGUUCACGGCAAACUGCAUCUCGUACCCGUCCGCUGAGAGUAUCUUAUCUGGCAGCGUCGCAACUCCCGCGCAACAGACAAUAACGUCGGGUGGCGCCGCACUAGGUCCUCCGCCAGAGCAUCAACUUCCGCCAGGCUCCCCAGGUCGGCGACCACUGGCAGGCAGCGGCCUCGGAGCCCGGCCGAGAGGUGCGCCAGGGCGGCCUCGACACGCUCGGGGGAGCGCCCGUGGAAGAGGACCGACGCCACGUCGCCCUGCUCCAGGAUGGCUCUGGCCAGCUCGAAGCCGAGCCCCGUGCACGCCCCGGUGAUCAGGACCCGCUUGCCCGACAGCGCCCCGCGAUGCGCUGCCAGGACCGACGCCGCAGUGCGCCUGGGCCUGGCAGCUCGGUAGAGCUUCCACCCGACCGCGGCCGCCACCACACCAGCCCCGACGGUGGCGAACGCCGUGCCAUCGAGCAUCGCUGGCACUCGUGGCCAAAGUGCCAAGCGCACAUAGGCAAGUCGAAGUGUUGAGCCAAAGGCAACCGAUCCAGAAGCUCGAGCCAAGGCCACGUUCCCGCUCCUCAUCGCGACGCGAGGCAAUCGCGCGGUCUGGUGUUCGAAGCGUUCCACAGGGAACGAACUGAGCUCACGGGAGAUGGGAAGGACAA